CGGGACUGGGAGAAGCCCCCAGUCUACCCCGCAGACUGAGGCCGCAGGGGCCGCUGGGGGCUCCUCCCAGGGCCUGUGCGCGUGCGUGCGCCCGAGGCUCGCCUUGGCCUUUAGGAGACCCAGAGGGGCGGCGGCGUUGGCGUUUAAUAGGCGGGUGUGGUCACGGCUUCUUAGUUCCGGCGUGAUUACCCACGCCGCCUCUUUCCGCCCGCGAGGCCAGAGACCUCCGUGGCUCCUGUCGGAACUGGCUCCUGGGUGUGAGUGAACAGAGUGCCGGCUGGGAGGUGUGCCCGCAGGUACCAGAAUGUUGGCUUUGUAUCUGAAGCUCCUGGAACUUUUCUCUUAUUGAGAUAGAACUUGGUUCAAAACAUUGCAUAUAUAUAGUACACAUGUGCUUCACCCAAGAAUUAUUAGAAUCCUCUAGUAAAACAAAUUGGAACUCUAGUGGGAGUUCUGUCUGGGAAGAUGCAGCCUCUGAACAAGUUGAUGGCUAUGUCAAAACCUCAAAGCCUGACUCUACAUGAACAAAGUGAGGCCCUGAAAGCACAUGUGUCUUGGCAGCAGGAAUCCAUCCCAGUCAUGGAAACAUGUGACUCUGAGGCCUCUCGUCAAAAGUUCAGACAUUUCCAGUAUUUGGAUGUGUCUGGGCCUCAUGAAGCCCUGUGCCAACUCUGGAAGCUCUGUCUUCAGUGGCUGAAACCAGAAGUUCAUACAAAGCAACAGAUCCUAGAGCUGUUGGUGCUGGAACAAUUUCUGACAAUUCUCCCUGAAGACAUUAGGACUUGGGUGAAUUUACAACAUCCAAAGAACAGCAAGGAAGUGGUGACCCUCAUAGAGGAUGUGAUUGGAAUGCUUAAAGAUGAAGAGACACCCUGCAAGGAUUCUGUCCCGCUCCAGAAGGGGAGCAUCAAGGAGAAAAUGGAAGCUGACUCACUGACUAGCAAUUCCCAGGAACCAAUAUCAUUCAAAGAUGUGAUUGUGGAAUUCAGCAAGGAAGAGUGGGGACAACUGGACCCUGCUGUAAAGAACCUGUACAGGGACGUGAUGCUGGAGAACUAUAGGAACCUGAAUUCAUUGCAUCAAGACAGAGAGGUAAUUUCAGAAAACCAAGAUUCAGUUACAAAGGAGAGAAUUUCUGAAGAAUCAUCGUCUCAUGGAGAAAUUAUGAGAAGACUGACCAAAAGUGGACCCCAUUCUUCAGAUGCUUGGAUGAGUGAUGAUUGGCUAUACAGGAACCAGGAACACUGGGACAUAAAUUUGCCAGAAGAAGCUUUUGUUCACAAGACAGUCUACACUGAGGAGGGAAACUUUGAAGGUAGUGAGAGUAAGAAAAGCUUAGAUGUUGAGUCAGUUAAUUCAAUUUUUGAUAUACAACAGGGAAUUCCUAUGAAAAAGGGGUUCUCAAAAUGUGAUAAGUUUAAAACUAACUUCAAAUUUAAUUUAGAUUCAGUAGGUAAGCAACAUUUAGAAUAUAAUAAAUGUGGAAAUGCCUUGAGCCUGAGUAUAGACAUUCAGCACCCAGAAAGUCAUACCUUAGUGAAUUCCUAUGAAUGCUAUCAAUGUGGGAAAGCCUUCAGCCGGAGUUCAUCUGUCAUUCGACAUCAGAUCAUUCACACAGGAGAGAAACCCUAUAAAUGUAGUGAGUGUGGGAGAUUCUUCAACAGACGUACAAAUCUUACUAAGCAUCAAAAAAUUCAUACUGAAGCAAAGGUCUGUGAAGGCAAUAAAUGUGGAAAAGCUUUCAGUGAGAGUAAAAAUAGUAAUAAAAAUUCAAGACUUUAUUCUGGAGAUAAUCCCUACGAAUGUGUUAACUGUGGAAAAUCCUUCAGCCGGAGCUCCUCCCUUAUUCGACAUCAAAUGAUUCAUACAGGAGAGAAACCAUUCAAAUGUAAAGAAUGUGAGAAGACCUUCAAUAGGAGUUCAAACCUUAAAAAACACCAAAAACUUCAUACUCAAGAGAAGGAAGAAACCCACGAUUACCUACAUCAAUGAAUUUAUACUGGAGGGAAUCCUGUGAAUGUAGUAAAUGCAAUAAAACGUUUGUCAGGGAUUAUUCUUUAAUUGAUAUGACAGAACUAUAUUAGGGGGAAAUAUUUUAUUGGGCAUAUAUCUGUCUGAGCUUUUCCAGUCUCCCUAAGGAAGCCACAAGGGUAUGGAGUUUAUAUAUAUCACCAUAAAGUCUUUGCCUAUCAUGAUUUUGAUAUCAUGGCCAUCAUCAUUUCUAUUUCAUAAAUGGGACCUAUGGCUUCCAUAUAUUCACCUAAUUUAUUGAAGUAGGGAGGAGCCAAGCAAUACCCUUAGAGUUGAUAUUUAAUAAAACUCAAACUUUCAGUCCUUAUGAGAAGGUCAUGAGAAACCACGAGCUCACAAGAAUAUAGGAAGACUACUGACGAAGAACUGAACUCUGAAUUAAUGACAGAGACCACAGUGACAGCAAAUUACUCCACCCUUGAUAAUAUCCUUGGCUGUCCUGGUGCUGAGUGGGACCUAGAAUUGGUGGAGGGUUAUCAACUGCAAUGGGAAGUAGAGUAACAAAUCUACAUGUAGUCUUCAAGUCUGC